AUGGUGGACCUGUUCCUAGACCGAGUUCUGGUGGAGAACAACUGGGACCAGGAUGAACUCAACACGGAGAGAGAGAUCAUUGGGAUUAUCGAAAACCGCAUCCUGAUGCUGUUCUUUGCAUCGGCGGAGUGCGUCAAGUGCCAGGACUUCCUGCCUGUUCUGAAUGACUUUUUUAAGAGACUGAAAGAUCCAGCGUACAUUGAAUACCCCAAACUGCUCGCACUCAUCUUUAUCAGCUUGGACCAAUCGGAGGCACAGCAGGAGAGAGUCCUCAAAGAGCUGCACAAAAAGGUUUUGUUUUUGGCCUUUGAGGAUCCAUACAGGACAGAACUGCAAGCCAAGUUUAAGGUGAAGGAUGUACCAACAGUUGUGGUCAUUCGUCCUGAUGGCUCCAUCCUCUCUCCAAAUGCUGUGCAGGACAUCUGUCGUUUUGGUUGUGACUGUUUCCGUAACUGGCAGGAAUCAGCAGAGCUCAUUGAGAGGAGCUUCAUGCUCAAUGAGGAGUUUGAAAACCUAAAUAUGCGUAGUGCCACUGACCCCGUGAGGAGACUCAAGUACAAGACAGAGGACGACAAGAGGAAAAAGAGAUGGUGGAAUUCAUUGGGAAAGGGCAAAGACGAAAGUCAAGAGGAGGAGGAGAAAGAUGGAACGCGCAAUAGAAAGAGAAAAGAGGGAGAUAAAGUAACUGGGAGGAGAAGAUGA